AUGGCCCAACAGCCGCACUUAUGCCUGUCAACGGCAUCACGGCCUCCAGGGUCUCUUCUUCGUCUUCUUCUUCUGGUUACUCCUUUACUUGCCGUUCUUCCUUCCGUCGACCUGGUAGACGCUGUAGACGCCCGGUGGCCACCAAGUGAUCUAGUCAAGUGUUUACCUGCAAAAAGCAAAGAGACGAGAAAGAAGAAAAGACCCUGUCGCUCCGUCUUGUCCAUCAGCCGGGCCCUUUUCAGACGCAGCGGUACUUCGUCGUCCACCGUCAUCUGGCGUGAAACCAAACGAGCCAGACGAACCCAAGCCCAUCGUCUUCCCUCCCACCGCAGCAAGAACAAAAGCGACGCAGACGAACGAGUCCGUCUCGCAGCAGCAGCAGCAGCAGCACAAGAGGAGGAGACACCAGUCGAGGGCGAUGAAGCACCUCGCCGUCGCCGUCCGCCCCGAGCCUUGUCGUCGCUUCUGCACCUUUCCGCCAGCGAUCCGCCCUCCGCCCUCCCGCCGGUGACAGCCCCCAAAGCCCAAGCCCAGGGACAAACAGCCCACGGAAACACGCAGGACACGCCUGCCGCAGCCAGCAAGCCCGUCGAGUGGCCGUCUGCCGUCGAAUCGCGCCUCUCCCAGUGGCUACCCGACGGCUGA